AUGGCGGACGGCCUGACCGACGACGACCUAAGGGAGAUUGUAAAUAAGAUUCAAGUGGAAGGAUUCUACAGUCAGAGCUUGAAUACGACGAUCACGCGACGGAAACCGUGCGUCGAAGUGACGGCCAAGAAUGUGGAGAUCAAACAAGCGUAUGGUAUGUUGAUUUGCCUGCUUUUCUACUUUUCAAUUUUAUUUUUUAUCAAUUUUAUAAGCUUUUCAUUGAAAAUAUUUAAUGUCUUUUAUAAAUUCUUUCCUUUACAGGUAAAUUCUCCAAAUCGUUCGUUGAACUCGACCCAUCCCAACGCUUCAGCGUCAACUACUGCUCGACACUUGAAAAUGUUGGAACGUGUGCUGACGAGUCGACCUGUUCUACCGUCUUCACCUGGCAGAAAGUCAAGGUCCGACCGGUGGGGCGGAAAGUGCAAUGGGUGGGCGAGGAGGUGCUACUGCCCACCAGCUGCAUGUGCGUGAUGGGUAUGUCGGACGCGCCGAUCAUCGUCCUCUAG